GACAAAACUAAAAAAAAAAACUAAACAGUGAGAAAAUCUCCAUGACCAUGGCGUUCCCUAGUUUGGUUUUUCUGAUUCUGAUCCAGUUCUUCAUAUUUCAGACUGCUUCAGCAAGUUCUUGGCAGACAUUGAGUGGGAAUCCUCCGGUUGUCAUAGCUAGAGGCGGGUUCUCUGGUUUGUUUCCAGAUUCCAGUGAAUAUGCAUAUGAGUUGGUGAAUUUGACAACUUCAGAAGACGUAACUCUCUGGUGCGAUCUUCAACUAACAAAAGAUGGUGUCGGAAUCUGCUUCCCAAAUCUGAAUCUUGACAACGGUUCUGAUGUAGUGGACGUUUACCCAAAUCACAAAGAAAUUUUCUCUGUUGAUUUCACAUGGAAGGAACUCUCCAACGUGACAUUGGUCCAAAAUAUUGUCUCAAGACAAGCAAUUUUCGAUCAUGUUUCUUCGAUAUUGCCUACUGAAGAAGUAGCAAAAAUAGGAACUUCAGGCCUUUGGUUAAACAUUCAGCACAGUGAUUUCUACGCGCAACACAAUUUGAGUAUGAGAAACUCUGUUGUGUCUCUAUCAAGACGCAUGAAAAUCAAGUUCAUAUCUUCUCCAGAGAUCAGUUUCCUUAGGAACAUGAAAAAGGAUGUCAAUACGACUGUGACAAAGCUCAUCUUUAGGUUUCUGAAUCAAGACCGGAUAGAUCCCUUUACCAACCAAUCUUACGGCUCUCUUGCCAAGAACCUAAGUUAUAUAAAAACGUUUUCGUCUGGAAUUCUUGUUCCAAAAUCUUACAUAUGGCCCCUAGGUUCAGAUCUUUACCUGCAACCCCACACGUCCUUUGUCACAGAUGCUCAUAAAGAAGGUUUACAAGUUUUCGCUUCGGAUUUUGCCAAUGAUUUCGUGUUUGCAUAUAACUACAGCUACGAUCCAACAGCUGAGUAUUUAUCUUUCAUUGACAACGGAAACUUCUCUGUUGAUGGUUUCUUAUCAGACUUUCCGUUGACUCCAUAUCGGGCCAUCAGUUGCUUCUCUCAUUUGGACACCAAAAAGGCCAAGGAGCAAGCUAACGUAACUAUCAUUUCCAAGGAUGGAGCGAGUGGAGAUUUCGCAGGCUGUACUGACUUGGCAUAUGAGAAAGCUGUGAGUGAUGGGGUUGACAUUCUUGAUUGCAAUGUCCAGAUGUCGAAGGACAAGAUUCCCUUUUGUUUGAGCUCUAUAGAUCUUAUGAACAGCACUAACAUCUUCGAUACAAGCUUCAGGAAUCUGUCAUCAGUAGCUUCAGAGAUUCAGCCGAAUAGUGGGAUUUUCACUUUCAGCCUGACCAUGUCUCAGAUACAAACCUUGAAGCCUGUUAUUUCGAAUCCAUUUAGGCUAUCUGCUUUAUUCAGAAACCCAAGAAACAAAAAUCUUGGAAAAUAUCUUACAUUAUCCGAGUUCUUGUUUCUUCCAAAACGUUACAGCUCUCUCUCAGGCAUCCUGAUAAAAGUGGAGAAUGCAGCGUAUUUAGCAGAACAUCAAGGAAUUAGUGUGGUCGAUGCUGUAUUAGAUGAACUGAAGAAAGAUACUACUCAAGAAAGCCAGGCAAGUGCAAGAAGAAUACUGAUCCAGUCUACUGAUAAGUCUGUCUUGAUGGAGUUCAAGGAGAAGAAGAAAAUGAAUCAUGAAGAGCUGGUCUAUAGUGUCGAUGAAAAGAUCCAUGAUGUCACAGAUUCCGCAAUCAAAGACAUCAAGAGUUUCGCAGGCUCGAUUGUCAUCAACAGGGAUUCAGUCUUUUCCGGCAACGCAGGGUUUAUCACGCUUAAAACAGAUGUUUUUCCUAGGCUGAAUUCAAGCGGGCUUCGUGUUUACGUAGAGACUUUAAGCAACGAGUUUGUAAGUUAUCCGUUUGACUUUUACUCGGAUCCAACAAUGCAGAUAGACACCUUUGUCCGGGAUAUUAAGAUUCAUGGCAUCAUCACUGACUUCCCAGCGACCACUGCAAGAUACAGAAAGAACCAAUGUUACAGCAAGAUGAAUCUGUUUCGAACCGGUGAGCUCAUAACUUUCGGGAAUCCAUUGCUUGUUCCACCGGCUGGAGCUCCAUAUCCAUCACUAGUUGAGUCAGAUGUCACGGAACCACCAUUGCCUGAAGUAAGAAGUCAGCCUCCUGCUAUUGCACCAUCAAAGGCAGAGGGAGAAUCAAUAGAAGUUUCCUUUGCGGUUAUAACCAUGGCGGUUCUUGUGAGCUUCUUUAUCUCAGUUUAGUGUAAGUGCUUGUAACUGACUUCAACUGCAGUAUCUGCCAUUAUAUCUAUGAAGAAC